AUGGAUAAGACGCUAAACGCUCUCGAGCAAGACCCAAAGUGCGUCGGAUGGAUGAUCUGCAACCUAGAACACGGCACAAUCAUCAGUUCCAACGGAACUCUCGACAAUGCCCAAGACAUCGCUAACACAAUGGCUCGCGUUUUCUACCCGAUGCAAGCUCAACGAUCCACGCCCAAGCUUCAUUUUUUCACCGACGACGGCGAAGUCUUCUCCUACCUGAUGCGUGGCCAAAUAGUCGUUGUCCAAAGAGUUGGAAACAGGAAUCUCUAUCUUGAAUCAGAAGAGCUCACUCCUUCACCGAGUGAUGCCUAA